AUCUCUCUCAGUCUCUCUCUCCUCGAAAACCAUGAAAUCUCCGGCGAAGAUAAGCGAGAACAGGUUCUUAGGAGGCAUAACAAGUUCUUCGAUCAGAAAUUUGCUUCCCAGAUCCAUCUCUGCCAAGCAGAAACCGAUCCAAAAUCCAGAAACUAAGAUUCCCAGAUCUGACGACGAGAACACGAUUCCUGUAGAUCCAAAUAUACAGGCUGAUGAUCAUCACACUGAUCUUCAGUUCACAAAUCAGUCUCCGAAGAAAUUGCUCUCCUCUGCAAAUUUCGGAGAGCGUAUUGAGAAAAAGAAAAUGGUACCAAACACUUUUGCUCAAGACAAGCAAAGUCUUGCGGAUUCACCAUUGAAGAAGGUUGAGGCCAGGACUGUACUCUCUAGAAGAACCAAUUCAGUGCCAAGUGAAAUUACAGAGGAACAUGACCCAUUGAGUGACCAGAUUCGAGAACUAAAGGACGAACUCAUUAGAACAAAAUCUGAUGGGUAUGGAAGUAAGAGUGGUCACUUUGCGCGGGACAGUUUGAGUCAAUUGAGAGCCAGUAUCAACAAAUCUUUACUUAUGUCAAAGGAAGAUGCAUCUCAAGGACAAGAGAUGAACGUGGAUCGUGGUGAAGAUGUGCUGGAACUGAAUAAACAUAUUGAAAAGUUUCAUGGUUCUUAUGAUUCUCUCCACUCCUCAUUUGCAAGUGCCUCAUGCGAUGAAGCAGACUCGAUGAGUGAAGACGAUAUCUGCUCAGAAGACUUGGACAAACCAAAGCAUCAAGAUGUUGACUUUGUAGAUGAUGAUCCAAGCCAGCUCGACAAUGUUGGAUUGGAUACAUCGAGUACUGGCAUCUCAAUCAGCUCAAAGCUUCCUACAUGCAUUCUAGAAGAGCCAGUUUUCUCGGAAUCUCCUAAAAUUAGGAAUUUCCAGAAAAGCGUGUCUGCAUCAACAAAGUUUCUAUCAAGUCCUAGGAAUGUGUCCGAGAGCUCCAACAUUGGAAACAUGAAAGUAGAUCAAGUUAGCCCUUCUGUGUCAAAGAAGCUUUCAGGUCCUACGGAUUCACUAGCUGCAAGUCUUCAGAGAGGACUGCAAGUUAUAGACUAUCAUCAGCGUAGCUCACUAUCAAAAAGUUCUUCUGUUUCCUUCUCUUUUGGCCAUCUGGCACUGAAACCUUGCGCAGAAGCUGAUAACCUUGAUGCUUCAGUUCAAUCGUUAAGAAAAGAUAAGCCUCCAGAAGGUGGAUCAUCGUCGAUUCUCUUAUGUCUUUCAUGCAGAAAGAAACUUGACCAGGAAGCUGAAGCUACAGGAGAUGCUUGUUCGAACGAAAAACAUCUCAAGAACAUGUGCAUGGAGCAAGCAACCAAAAUCGACGAGCUAACACGCCUGCUUAGGAAACCUGGUGAUGGAGAAGAUGGAACAGAGUUAAUCAAAGAAACAUAUGAGACAAAAGAAGUUAGCGAAGAAUCUGGAAAGAAAAACUUUGAUAUAAGCGAAAAGGAAGCUCUUCUCAAGGAGAUUGCAGAGCUAAAGAGCAAGCUGCAACCUACUAAAUCUGCAGACAAUCUGAGAUCCUCUUUGCUACUAAGAUCCAUUCAAAUGCGCAAAAGCAUUGAUGUUACCAAGAACGCUGAGAACAGUGAUAUCCUAGAGAAAGAAAGGGAAAUGUGGACAGAAAUGGAGAGUGAGUGGAUAUCUUUAACAGAUGAUCUCAGGAUGGAUAUCGAUAACCAUCGCAGGCGUGCAGAGAAUCUAGAGAUUGAGCUCAAACAAGAGAAGUUAGCAACAGAGGAGUUGAAUGACGCGCUAACUCGAGCUGUGCUUGGCCACAGUAGAUUCAUAGAGCAGUAUACAGAGCUGCAGGAGAAGUACAAUGAACUAGGAGAGAAGCACAGUGUGAUGAUGGCUGGAAUAACAGAUGUGAAGAAGGCAGCAUCCAAGGCCGCUAUGAACGGUCGCCAUGGAAAGCGUUUUGCCAAAGCCUUCUCAGCUGAACUUUCUGCUAUCAGAGCAGAGAAGGAGAAAGAAAGAGAGCUGUUGAAGAAGGAGAACAAGAGCCUAAGAACUCAGCUGCGUGAUACUGCUGAAGCUGUUCAAGCUGCUGGUGAACUACUUGUCAGGCUAAGGGAAUCUGAACAAGCCUUGCAAGUCUCUGAGGAACGAUUCAGUGUGGUGGAAGAAGAGAAAGAGAGGCUGAAGAAGCAAAUGGAACAACUUAAGAGCAAACACAAGACAGAAAUUGGGACAAUGAAGCAAUACUUAGCAGAGAGUAAAUUACCAGGAUCAGCAUUGUUGCAGCCAUGGUACAAGGAUGAGCAGGACGAUGAAGAACAAGUAUCAGACCAUCGAACCGGAGCUGUCAGUUUUGAUGAUUAUGAAGAGGAUGAUCAGGCUUGGAGAGCAGAGUUCGGAGCCAUAUAUCAAGACCACCAUUACUGAAACACAAAAGACCUUCUCGGUCAUUUACAUAUCCUAAGUAACUCUUACUUGUCUCCCGUUUUUAUCAUUGUUGUUCUCUUGUAUCUGCCAUUGUUUUUAUUUUGUCAAAGUAUCUGCCAUUGUUAAACAGAAAUAAUGAUUUGUAAUAUUGGAAACAUUCUUAUGAUUUGUAACCUUG